ACAAAAGAAGCCAAACUUAUAUAUGAAGUUACCAGUUGGUGUCUCAAUAGCCGUAAACUUGUUGGACUAUACAGAAGUAGCCAGACAUGUUAUAACUUGCCUCUACAAAAUCCUACUGUUCGGGGUCCAGAUGCUUCUAAUACAUUAUCGGAUAAUGAUCAAAAUGAAGCGUUUCCCUCAGUUGUCCCAAACUUUGUUGCGGAAAUACGUUCAGAUAACGAUUCUGAGGAUUAUUGUUACUGA